CAGUCCUCUUCUCUCACUUUCUGCAAUUUAUCCCCUUCUCAUAACCCUAUUACUGUGUAGUCAUCCCCAUUUAGGCAUCUUCUUCUUGCCCUAUACCUUAAUAUUCCAUCCCUUGUUCUGUCCAUUUUUGCAGGCGGUAACAUCCCCUCUCUCUCUUUGUUGGAUCGAUCGAUGACUCCUGCUGCUAUGAACCCAUCAAGCCCUUUCCUUCUCAGGGAUCAAAUAGAAGAUCAAAACCAACUCUUCGUUUCUCCUCUUAAUCGGGAUUCAGCUAAUUCUCUCUCAUCAUGUCCUAGCUUCUUCCGCUUACUUGAUCAAACACAGACUAGAGAAACCCGCAGUGAGUUAAGACAUGAUCAAGAGGAAGCUGGACUGAUGCUGCACGGAGGAUCAAGCAGUCACCAAGUUUGGAAUUCACCCUUUAAUUCACGCCAGCCUCAACAAGUCAAGGAUGACCGAAGAAACGUGUGUGGCGGCUAUAAAGAGGAGGAUGAGGAGGAAGAAAGCAAAAGCGGGUACGAGUCUGCAGAAUGGAUGCCUUCUAAGAUAAGGUUGAUGCGAAAGAUGAUGAUCCCCAAUACUAGUCAUCCUGUCCCUCGUAAAGAAUCGAAUAUCACUCCAAAUACCCAAACUCGAGAGCAUCAGAAAACCCAAACCCAUAAAAGCCCUCCUAACCACAGAAAUAACACCACCACUACUAGGGUUUGCGCCGACUGUAACACAACCAGUACCCCACUUUGGAGGGGGGGCCCAAAAGGUCCAAAGUCACUCUGCAAUGCGUGUGGGAUUAGGCAGAGGAAGGCGAGAAGGGCAUUAAUGGCGGAAGCUGGAAAUGGUGUAGUUAGUUGCAGAUUGAAUAGCAAGGAGAAGAGGGCUCGCACAAACAAUUUUGCAGCAUUAAAGAAUAAGUGCAAGGCCACUGCUGCAGGCAGCGCAGGAAUGCCUGAUGAGGGAGAAAGGAAGAAUAUUGGUUUGACGGAUUUGGCAUAUAGUUUGAGGAACAACGUGUCGGUGGUCGAGCAAGUGUUUCCUGCGGAUGAAGUAGCUCAAGCGGCGCUGCUUCUUAUGGAUUUAUCUUAUGCCUCUAUUCCUGUUUAGAUUUUAGAUAGAUUAGCUCACUCCAUUUUAUCUAUUUUAUAAUUUACUACCUUCAUCCAUAGCUAGCCAUUGUCGCUCAUUUUGUUGCCAGUUUUGUAGCGUUAGCAAGCUUUAGAACUUUAAUGUCAUGUAAUUGUCGACCCAACAAAUAAAUAAUAAACAGCUUAUGAAUGCGUGAAAAA